GACUAUCCUUUCUUAGACUAUCCUUUCCUGAAACCUCAUAGAUGGUUUCUGUUAUUUAUUUAACAUAAAUUAUUUUACAAAACCUAAAGAGCACAUACAUAAUAUAUUCAAGCAAUCAGGGGGUUACUAAGUCAACUACUAUGACCAACAGAAGCCCAAGCCCACGCCCAUUUAAAAAUAAAUUAAAAUAAGUUUUAAGCCCGUGCCCAGAAUUAGCAUGGAAAUAAUAUUAAGUUUUAAGGGUAAGUGCUCCACAGCUCAUGUAAUUCAAAUUAUUUUUUCGCUAAAAAAAACCAAGUGAUGAACAGAAUGUGCCUUCAGUAGGAAGACACCACUUGAGACCACAAGUAGCUAUACAGGACACACAGAAUGUGCAACGUGGUGGAGUUCUUUGAGGACUCCGAGAUCUUCAUAACCGGCGGGUCCGGUGUGGUGGGCAAGGCUCUCAUCGAGAAAUUGCUUCGGUCCACCCGGGUGCGUCGGAUCUACGUCCUGCUCCGGCCCAAGAAACAGUUUACGGCGGAACAGCGCCUCACCCGACUCCGACAGGCCACCAUCUUCCAUGUCCUGGCCAAGGAGCGGCCGCAGGAGCUCGACAAGCUGGUGGCCGUGCCCGGGGAUGUCUCCCACCCCGGUUUGGGCAUCCACCCAGAGUGGCUGGCCCAGAUGAAGGGCGUGUCCGUGGUCUAUCACUGCGCCGCCACGGUGCGCUUCGACGAGCCACUGCGGGUGGCCCUCCGGCUGAAUGUGGCCGGUACCCUGGAGGCCCUGAAGUUUGCCGAGCAGCUGCCAAGGCUACGGAUUUUCGUGCACGUCUCGACUUUCUACAGUAAUCCGUAUUUGAAGAGGGUGGAACCAAAGUACUACUCUUCACCCAUGGACUGGAAACUUUGCCUGAGGCUUUUGGACGAAGUCCGCGAUGAUAAUUUACUCGAUGCCCUGACCCGCAAAUUACAUGUGGGUUUUCCGAACACCUACACCUUCACGAAGAACCUGGCAGAGUCCUUGGUGAACGAUUACCGCCAUCGGCUGCCCCUGAUAGUCUAUCGUCCUUCCAUUGUCCUUUUUGCUGUGGAUGAUCCUUCGCCUGGUUUCUCGCCCUCCCUAAUGGGGGCCAUGGGUCUCUUUGCUCUGGUGGGAGCUGGAAUCCUGAAGACCGUCUACCUGGGCCGGGACAUCCGUCUGGACAUUACGCCCCAGGACAUGGGCAUCAAGAGCAUGCUGUGCUACACCCAGAAGGGCUCGGACCUCUACCAGCAGAAGGAUGCCCCCAAGGAGCUGCCCGUCUACAUGUCCUCGUCCUGCACCCACGUCCCUCACACCUUCACCCAGGUUGCCGAGCAGAUGGACAUCCUUGAUCUGUGGGGCGAUGCCGCGUUCGAAAAGAAUCUGAUGAUACCCGGAUGUCACUACACGGACAGGAGGUGGGUGUACCUCUUCCUGGUCUUUACCAAACAGAUCCUGCCGGCCAUUCUGGUCGAUGGUCUCUUGACGAUCUUCGGCCAGAAGCCAGUCCUCAUGGGCAUCGUGAGGAAGGCCUAUCAGACCCUGGAGGUUAUGCAGCCUUUCAUGUUUAAUAAUUACGAGAGUCCUGGCGUUACGGAGAAGGAGACUUUAACCAAUGAAAACAAGGGUACUGAGUUCCACUUGGAUGCAUUUAAUCACCCGGAUAUUAAUUCCUUGGUAGUCAGAGCCAGCAGGGACAUGGUGCAUAGUAUUCGAACCCAUUUACUUCACGAGGAUCCCAGGACCCUAAAGCGAUCGCAACGUAUUUUGAAAAUCAAGGUUGUCCUGUACCAGGCUCUACGUCUGUUUCUGCUCUACAAGAUUCUACGCUGGCUUUGGGGCAGUUACUUAAAAGAGUUCUUCUAAAAUCUAGAUUUAAGAAUAACUUUCCCAAUCAUUUUU